AAGACAUUGUUGUCUUCACUCUUUCAAUCCAUUCACAUCCAUUUAACCAAAAAUAAAAUUAAAUUAAAUUCUGAAAAUCCUUCCGAAAAGCCAAAAAGAAAAACAUUUUACAAAUCUAACUCAUAAAAGCUUAAAGCUCCCCUCACUUUUUUCCAUUUUCUUGCAGCCCACAAUUCUUUAAGCUUCAAUAAUGGCGGAAAAUGAUCCAAUUCCUUCUACCAAACCUCCACAACCACAACGCCCCACUAUAACUCUACCUUCUAGAGCUGGGAUCGAGUCUUUGUUUAGCGGCUCUGGAUUCGGGUUAAGUCCAGGUCCGAUGACACUCGUUUCAAGUUUCUUUUCUGAGAAUGAUCCGGAUUCUGACUGUCGCUCUUUUUCUCAGCUUCUUGCUGGAGCUAUUGCUUCUCCUAAGCCGCCUUCUGAACCGGAUCAACUCCGGUUCAAGGAUAAUCGACCGCCCGGUUUGGUGAUUUCUCAGCCGCAACCACAGUCGCAAGUUGGAGUAGGAGUAGGAGGAGGGUUUUUUUUGCUUUCUCCUGGGGUUAGCCCUGCUUUGUUGCUUGAUUCACCCGGUUUAUUUCCCGGUCAGGGCCCAUUUGGGAUGUCUCAUCAGCAGGCAUUAGCUCAAGUUACUGCUCAAGCUCAAGCGAUGCAGCAGGCUCAGCAAGGUAGUUUUCAGUCUUCGACCACAAUAGGUGGUUCAGAGCCAAAUUCAGCAUUCGCUCCGGAGUUAGAAAUGCAACAGAAAAUGAUGUCUUCUGCCUCAGAGUCUAAAGAAACUGAAGAGCCAGCUCAAUUUUCUGGAUCUGAUCAAAAAUUGCAAUCUUCUUCUAUUAUUGUUGAUAAGCCUGCUGAUGAUGGCUACAACUGGAGGAAGUAUGGCCAGAAGCAAGUCAAAGGAAGUGAAUUUCCGCGAAGUUAUUACAAAUGCACUCACACUAGCUGUCCUGUAAGAAAAAAGGUGGAGCGUUCUCUUGAUGGCCAAGUGACAGAGAUCAUAUACAAGGGCCAGCACAAUCAUCAACCACCACAGAAAAAGUCAAAGGAUGGUGGGAAUCCUAAUGGAAAUUUAGGGAAUCAAGGGAACUCUGAGCUUGGUUCACAGUUGCAACCAAAUAACAUGAAUAGGAUUAGUGACGGUAUGGCUCGUUCGCUGUCUAGAAGAGAUCAAGAAUCUAGUCAAGCUACAGCAGAUCAACCGUCUAGUGAUGAGGAGGAAAUGGAUAAUGACGGAACUAAAGAAGCUGCAGGAGAUGAAGACGAACGUGAUGCCAAGAGAAGGAACACUGAAGUCCGGGUGACAGAGCAAGCUGCUUCACACAGGACUGUUACAGAACCCAAAAUCGUUGUUCAAACAACUAGUGAAGUUGAUCUUUUAGAUGAUGGUUAUAGGUGGCGCAAGUAUGGACAGAAAGUUGUCAAAGGAAAUCCAUAUCCAAGGAGUUAUUACAAAUGCACUCACCCAGGAUGCAACGUGCGUAAGCAAGUUGAACGUGCACCCUCUGAUCCUAAAGCAGUCGUUACAACUUAUGAAGGGAAGCACAACCAUGACAUUCCUGCCGCUAGAAUGAGUAGCCACAAUACAACCAACAGCUCAUCACACCUCAGACCACACAAGACAGAAUUUGCAAAUACUCGUGAACAACCUGUAGCAACUUUAAGGCUAAAAGAAGAAAGAAUUACAUAGACUUACGUGCUAAUGUAUAUAUUCAAGGCCUGAUACAGAUAGACUUACGUGGGAGCCAUUUUGUUGCGUUAGGAAAAUGUAAUGUUGUUGUCUGAAUACCUGUAUCUGUGUUUGGCAAUUGGCACAGUCUGUUCUUGCUAUGAAUCUGCUCACCAUCUCAGAUAUUUUGGGUCAGAAAUUUAUCUUGGCGCUGGGAACUUGCCACCGAUACACACAGCAAAGAGCCGAGUACAUAGGAAAAAGAAAAUAUGGUUGGAAUUCUAAAACUCGCAAGUUGUAUUGUAUUUGUUAUGUUACUUUAUUGUUUGCGUACCGCUAUACGCUAGGAGCUUAUUAUUUUUAUUAUGACAUGUAUUAUUUUUUGUACAUGGGAAAACAAAGAAUUGCUGUAGCUAGUUCAUUUGUUUAGAAGGGAAAUGAUCAAAAGUUUGGGAUGCAAA